AUGUUUUUGCACUGCCACGCGCAUGAUGACAAUCCAGACCACAUCAUACAUAGCCUGCUGCCAGUAAGGAUGCGCUCUCCCGUCCUUUGCAUCUCGUUUGCACUCCAGUGCUUCGUUCUCCAAAGCGCAUCCGAGUAUUCUUCCAAAUCCGGGCUGGAAUACGAAUUCGGUGACUAUCGUGGCAAGUUUUGUAUCGACGACCAAGGUUUUGUUUAUAGCAUCGGAGAGGUUUAUCAUCCGAGCUCCACCGCGUGCCCCUGCACCUGCACAGAGGACGGACCCGUGUGUGUCAGACCCAGGUGCCCGCGUAUACACCCGAGAUGCACGCGCAUCACAUACAAGUCCUGCUGCCCCGUGUGUGAAGCUGUCAGUAAAGUUUGUGUGUACGGGGGCAAAACUUACAGAAUACUGGAGGAAUUUAAGUUGUCACCGUGUGAGCGCUGCCGGUGUGAGGUCAACAGAGAAGUUUACUGCACCAUAUCCAGCUGCCCUACCUUACAUUGUGUGAAUCCUGUAUACGAACCCAACCAUUGCUGUCCUGUGUGCAAAAAUGGGCCAAACUGCUUUGCUGGAAAUCGUGUGAUCUCAGCAGGAGAACGUGUUGAGGUUGAUGAGCGGACGGUGUGUUUCUGCACUUACCGGGAUGGAACGGGGCAGACGUACCUUUACGCUACCUGUGUGGAGCGCCAACAAGCAGACAGUGAAGCCAGUGACUCCGACAACACAUCCAAACAGAGGGAGGAGACGGAGAAAGAGAGAGAGAGAGUGUUCUCACCCAGGCUGGAUGCCAUCCCAUGACGAGAAGUGUGUCUGGCACCAGCUCUCCUGACAGGCAGGAGGGGAUAAUUAAAAAUUGUAAUGGUAAAAACUAAAAACUCAGGCAAGUUCUUUCUUAAUACACAUUUAAGAACAUUUAAUUACACUAUUAAAAUCACCAAUGAUAAAAAAAAUUGCUGGUAUUUCAUUAAACUCUUCUCAAUGUACUCCGUAGCCAAGUUCACAUUCUUCUUUGGGUGAAUAGACACAAGUAUUUGGGGAAACUCUCUAAGCAGAUAAUGAGGCCGGAGGGAUACCGUGAGCAUCUCAAUGUCCUUCUCAAUGUCCUUUGUGCAUAAUUUGUCUCUCAUAACAAGAGUCUUGCAGAGCACCAUGCAGGUGUCACAACCUGCGCUGGGAUAACUGCCAACACUGACCUCUUUAGCCAACCCACCAUCCUGACCCAGAUUGGCAACCCACUGACAAGCAACAUGCACUAAUAAAAUCUUCCAUUACUAUACAUAGCACACUUGUUGUUCAGAAAUCAGGGUCAGUAACUUUUAAAAUAAAUGAGUUUAUGCAGCAAGGUCCCAUUAAAUUGAUGGCAUUACAUACAUUGUAAAUGUAAAAAAAAAAAAAUAUUUCAAAUAAAUGCUGUCCUUUUGAACUUUUUAUUUAUCUAGUAAUCCCGAAAAUGUAUCACGGUUUUCUUGAGCACCAAAAAAGCACAUUAGAAUGAUUUGUGAAGUCACACUGAAGACUGGAGUAAUGAUGCUGAAAACUCAGCUUGGCCAGUACAGGAAUAGAUAGAUUUAAAAUAUGUUAAAAUAGAAAGCAGUUACUUUAAUUUAUUUUGAAUGGACUCCAAACUUCUGAAUGGUCGUGUGAAUAUGUGUUUAUUACUGCAUAUCAUGUUGUAUACUUCUUACUAAAAUGCAGUUAUGCAGCAUUAUAUUUAAAUAUGGAACAUUGUAUUAAAAUAUUAUUCCCCAUUUUUCCAUCUCA